AUGUACACGGCUCGCAGAAAGAUCCAGAAGGAAAAGAACGCCGAACCCACCGAGUUCGAGCUUCAGGUCGCCCAGGCCCUGUUCGACCUCGAGGUCAACGCCACUGAUCUCAAGGGUGACCUCAAGGAGCUGUUCAUCAGCGGCGCCAGGCAGGUUGACCUCGGUGCUGGCAAGACCGCCAUCCUCGUCUUCGUGCCCUUCCGUCUCCUCAAGGGCUUCCACAAGGUCCAGGCCCGUCUUGUCCGCGAGCUCGAGAAGAAGUUCAGCGGCCAGCACGUCGUCGUGAUCGCCAACCGUCGCAUCCUCCCCGUCAUCGGCAAGAAGAACAGGAGGAAGAGGCAAAAGAGGCCCAUGAGCCGUACCCUCACCGCUGUACAUGAUGCCAUCCUUGAGGACCUCGUCUACCCCACCGAGAUCACUGGCAAGCGCAUCCGCAUCAGGCUCGAUGGCUCCAGGCUCUACAAAGUGUACCUCGACAAGAAGGACCAGAACAACGUUGAGUACAAGCUCGACACCUUCUCGAGGCUCUACAAGAAGCUCACCGGCAAGCAGGUCGCUUUCCUGUUCUAA